GGAAAGGAUCCGAUGGCUUGUUUACUCCGCAAUGGAAACGAAUCUCCACGCCCUCGGGCAAUUAUCGGGAAGAUGGCCAAUAGGAGCACGAGCAUCAGGUGAUGAUCCCGAUGCCAGGAAUAUCAGGCACUCGAAUAAAGAUCCCCGAUCUCUAACCGAGGGACUGCCAAGGCCGGACUCCUCAGCUUUCUCAAGCUAUCCCAGCCUUGCUUUUGCUUGCUUUUGCGGGCCUGGCAUCAUUUUCCAAUCAUUCAAACCUAGUCUUGCUCUAGUCUGUUUUCCCCGCAUCAAUCAAGCCUGCCGGAUUGCCUCCAGCCAACUCAGAAUGCGGGCCCUAUCCGCCCUUGCGCAACGGGAAUUCAACGGAGCAAUAAUGGCCUGUCUACGAGGGGACAACGCAUUGUCGCACAGCACCUUAUCUUGAAUAAUUAGUGACUGGCUUUACUGUGCUCUCAUCACGAGAAGUUAAAUACUUUUUGUUAGCCCGAUCUCGUGAAGGAGCAAUCCGAGGGUACCAACCAUCACACGGCUGCGCUCUUGGCCUCAACCUGAACGCCAUGGCCAAUCUGACGAAAUUGCUGGUCAGUGCAGGGCUCAUGCCACUAGUCUCUGGGCUGAGCCAAGUGACAUUGUCUAGCACAUCCACCUCCGCCUCGUUUGCGCAAUUCACCAUC